UAGUAGACAAAGUCAGGAUGUGACAUCAUACAGGAAGAGAAGCCAAGCAACUUAUUUUUCCAUUUGUGCCCCUGCCUCUGUGUGUGUUGUGAGCAGCAGUGGGUUUGAGUGGGAGACUCCCUGUCUGCUAGUGGCCGUGAGGGAGAAGAGACAGGGGCUGCAGGGAGAGGGUGGACAGAGCUGGACUUGUUCUCCACAGGGAAUUUAAAGUCACUGGAGAGACUUCUGCCUGCUUCCCACAGCUCUCCACCACAUUCCAGGUCCGCCGCUCUUGGAUACAAACCAGAUAGAUGCAUUGGGGAAAUAAGAGUGACCUCCACUGUUCUCCGUUGGCGCACCAACUUUAACAGCAGUUUGCUUACCUCGAACCACACUCUGACUCAGUCCGCACAACCAACAGGGUUCUAUUUGUCUAGCCCCACUGCAAAAGGAGGGGGGUGGGGGAUACGAUCAUUCGACCCCUAAUGGCCCUGUGUCUCGGACAAGUGUUCAGCAAGGACAAAACAUUCCGGCCUCGGAAGAGGUUCGAACCGGGAACCCAGCGCUUCGAGCUCUACAAGAAGGCCCAGGCCUCUCUGAAGUCCGGCCUGGACCUCAGGAAGGUGGUGCAGCUGCCCGAGGGCGAGAACAUCAACGACUGGAUCGCCGUGCACGUGGUGGACUUCUUCAACCGCAUUAACCUGAUCUACGGCACGGUGAGCGAGUUCUGCAGUGAGCGCUCCUGCCCCACCAUGUCCGGCGGUUUGCGCUACGAGUACCGGUGGCAGGACGGUGAGGACUACCGCAAGCCCACCAAGCUGCCUGCCCUUAGGUACAUGAACCUGCUGAUGGACUGGAUUGAGUCGCGCAUCAACGACGAGGACAUCUUCCCCACCAGAGUAGGCGUUCCUUUCCCCAGGAACUUCCAGCAGGUGUGCAAGAAGAUGCUGAGCCGACUGUUCCGUGUCUUCGUGCACGUGUACAUCCACCACUUUGACAGCAUUUGCAGCAUGGGGGCCGAGGCCCACAUCAACACGUGCUACAAACAUUACUACUACUUCAUAUCCGAGUUCAGCCUCAUCGAGCACUCAGAGCUGGAGCCACUGAAAGCCAUGACAGAGAAGAUAUGCAACUAACUUCAGCCUAUGGAGACAGUUUGGCAGUUUACAUUUCAACAUUCCCUGAGCCUGGAGAGGAAUCAAACACUUCAAAAAUAGACAUUCCAAACAGACUGUUCCCCAAAAAACACAUUCUGGAAGUUAUCUGUGAAGCUUUACAUAGAGCAUGUUUCUUUAGGGACUUUUUUCUUUGUUUAGUUAUAUAAAAUGUGUUUAAUGCUUUAUUUUCUUUGAUACUCUUGUUUGAUCCAAAACAAUGGUACAAGAGAGAGUAUUUACAUUAUUGUUUUCAUAAAUAUGUUAUUUUCCAUAUAAAGUCAUUAUAUAUUUACGGUGUAAAUAUUGGUGUCGUGUCUAAAUAAAACCUGGAUCCAGAGCCUA